AUGAUUGUCACGAACGGUCAGACGAAGGUAAAACUUCGAACAUGGGAGUCUAUAGCCAGUGGAGCAUUAGCAGCCACUGGCGCAGUUUUCAUCUCGAAUAUGCCAGAAACGAUCAAAACACGUAUGCAACUUGAUGGCGAAGCAUCGAAACGGGACGGUUCAAGUCGACGAAAACAAUACCACAGUACAUGGGAUGCGUACAGAAAAAUCGUCCGACAAGAGGGCUUUCGUGCACUUCAAGCCGGUCUUGGUCCAGCUAUCGGAAUACAGAUAAUUAUGAAUGGACUACGUUUAGGUUUAUUCGAACCUAUUCAGAGAACUAUCCGAGAUACAACUAAAUCUCGCGAACACAACGUUCUAAUCAAACUCACAUCUGGUGCAAUAUCCGGAGCAAUUGGUGUUAUUGCCAGCUCACCACUUUAUCUAGCAAAAAAUCGUCUUCAAGCUCAAUCAAGCUACUUCCAUGCGGCUGAAGAACAUCAUUAUAAAAAUACACGAGACUGUCUGAAAAAAAUCUAUCGUCAAAAUGGCUUUGUUGGAUUAUUCCAUGGUGUAACUGCCGGUUUACCACGUGUUGUCGUUGCUUCAGCGACGCAAUUGACAACUUACGAUAAGACAAAAGCAUUUGCAAUACAAAACUUAAAUCUACAUGAUGGUUUUCCCGCUCAUCUUUUCGCAAGUUUUAUUUCGUCAUUGUUUACUGUGACGAUGAUGAACCCAUUCGAUGUUAUAUCCACACGAAUCUAUCAAUCCAGUGGACGUGAAACGGUUUAUCAUAGUGUUUUCGAUUGUUUCAAGAAAACAGUGAAGGCUGAAGGAUGGUUUGCAUUGCAAAAAGGAUGGUUGGCACUGUAUUUACGAUUAGGUCCACAUACGAUCUUAACGUUUGUUUUUCUGGAAAAAAUCCGGUCGGGGAUCCUGAAAUACAAAGCUGAGAAAAAUAAAAUCUCAAAAACACAGCAUUCUAUAUUUGUUUUAUAA